AUGGUGUUGACCAGGCGAGUCGUGUGUAACACCAGCACCGACAACAAUCAAGCGACCAUUUUAGCAAAAUUCCAAGACCUGCCUUAUCGGCUGGGGAAGCAGGAUCACGAGUGUCAGUACUGCGGCGCGUUACGAUGGGGAGAGGAGAGGACAAAGAUUAAAUCGAAACAUCAAGAAGAAACAUACUCGAACUGUUGUCAGCAGGGUUCGGUGACCUUGCCUUGGGGAGAAUUUGAAGGACCUACUGUGCCCGACAGUCUCUUGAAAUUAUACACAGGAUCAGACAAAGAUGCAAAGGAAUUUCAGCAGAACAUCACCCAUUAUAACAACGCGUUGUCGUUCACCUCUUUAGGGGUUAAAGUAGACCAAUCUGUCGCAGGCCAGAAGGGUAUCAACACAUUCCGGGUCUCAGGUCAACUAGCGCAUCGAAUCGGAUCGGCUUUGCCGGCCGCGAAGAAGGUUCCUUCUUAUGCACAGAUAUAUGUAGUUGGCGAUGGGGGCGAAGGAGAGGUUGAUGUAAGGUUGGGACAUUUCAAGAAUAAGAAAUUAUCGAAAGUCGUAAUGCUCGAACUUCAGACCAUCUUAAACGACAUCAAUCCUUAUGCCGAGUUUUUAAAAUCUUCAGCCAGUAUCUUAGAGUCACAACCUUCACUCCGCCUCAUGCUAAAAACUUUACCUCCAGGGAAGAGAGAAUUGAAAACCUAUAAUAAACCUCGCCCCGAAGACGUAGCUGCAAUCGUUGAGUCGUCUGAAACAUUGGACGAAAAACCUCGCCACAUUAUCCUCCAUCGGAAGAACAAUAAGUUGAAACACAUUACGGAUUUGAGUACAGGUUACUUGCCUCUCCGCUAUCCUCUAAUGUUACCAUUUGGGUCGCAACAAUGGGACGACAACUACGUAUCACCUACCGCAAAACAAAACAACAAAAGUAAGCCCGAAAGUACCGCUGUUGAAAUCUUCCGGAACUGA